AUCGAUACAUUAUAAUCGGUAAUAAGCAUCGAUAAAGUUCAUGCGAUAGCUGGAGAAGAAAAAGUGUUGGCAAUUGAUUGCAUUCAACGAAUCUAUGAUUUUUUAUGCCUGCACGUAACGAAAACAAAUAUAGCAACUUCUAAAUGGACUCCAGAUUGGAUAUGUUUGAGGACGUCAACACAUCGCCCUCCCUGGAGGGUGACAUGUCCAUACCGGGUAAACGGACCACAACGACAACAGCACAGAACGGUGUGCCCGAAUACAAUACCCUGGACGAACCCAUACGCGAGACGGUGCUGAGGGAUAUGCGCGCUGUUGGCAUCAAGUUCUAUCAUGUGCUCUAUCCCAAGGAGAAGUCGAGUCUGCUGCGCGAUUGGGAUUUGUGGGGUCCAUUGGUGCUGUGCACAUUCAUGGCCACCAUACUGCAAGGCUCCUCGUCUGCCGACAGCAUGUCCGACAAUGGACCAGAAUUCGCCCAGGUCUUUGUGAUUGUUUGGAUAGGCGCCGCCAUCGUAACGCUCAACUCCAAGCUUCUAGGUGGCAAUAUCUCGUUCUUUCAAUCGGUUUGUGUGCUCGGCUACUGCCUGACGCCGGUGGCGCUGGCUUUGAUCAUCUGUCGCAUCAUCUUGCUGUCCACGCAGACACGUUUUCUCUUCUUUUUGCGCUUUGUAACCACAACGCUCGGCUUUGCCUGGGCCACGUAUGCAUCGUUCAUCUUUCUGGGCCAAAGUCAACCGCCGCAUCGCAAGCCGCUUGCCGUGUAUCCCAUAUUUCUGUUUUUCUUUAUCAUAUCAUGGCUAGUCCUAUCCCAUAAUUAGUUAUUAGUUUUAGUUUAUAAACUGAACCGCAACUUUCCAUAGCAUAACCAAAUCGAUUGUAAAUUUAUGUAUUUAAUUUGAGAAAUUGUGUACAAAUUGGUUUUUUGAUUUAUUUUAUUUACUUUACUCUUAAGAUCUUACAAAUUAUAUAUAUAUAUAUAUGUGCAUAUAUGUUUGGUUAACUCUGGCCGCGCUACACAUCCAGGCUGUUGGCCGACGUGGCCACCUCCAGGGACAUUUGCAUUUGGACGCCAUCGCCCUUGGUGGGGCGAUAAGUCAACGAAUUGGCGCGCGCCUUGCGGCCCAUAAAAUGCCGUUCCACCCACUUGAGCAGCGUGUAAACGGAGUCAGUCGAUGGCAAGCGAUGAUCGGCGGCGGUCUUCACAAUAUCCGACGAGGUAACGCGGAACGUGCGCGCCAUACCCUUCAGUGCCUGUGAAGAGUAUCGAUUAGUGUGUUUGCCAAUGUCUCACCAUAGAUGACCUCUAGGCCCAGCUACUUACCACCAUGGCAUCCUCAUCGGUGUUAUCGUCGCCCACAUAGAUGAUCUUGAUGCGUUCGUUCCAGUCAACGCCAAAGGACGUGCGCAAUAUGUAAAUGGAGGCGCGACCCUUGUUCCACUGCACCGGCGGACGCGCCUCGAGCGCGCAAUGCGCCUCCGUUGCCCUGAAGCCGUACUUCUCGAUCAGGCUGCGCGCCUUGUCAACCAUAUCGGGACGCAGCUGUGUGGGCGUCUCACGAUAAUGGAAUGUCAGCAGCGAUCCCUUAUUCUCCACCCAGGCGCCGUCGCGACACACCGAAUCCUGAAGCGCCUUGAGCAAUAGGCUGACCUUAUCCUCGUACUCAAUGGGCAUGGGAUGCACAAACUUGCUGCCAUCGGGAUGCAGAAUCUCCAGACCAUGGUUACCCGCAUAGGUGAUGCCCUCGAUGCCGACCAUUUUCUUGACAUUAUCGACAUUGCGACCCGAAAUGACGGCCACAUAGACAUCCGAGUGAUUGGAGAGCUUGAAUAGAACGUUCUUAAUCUCGGGCGAUAGCGUGGCCAAAUCCGGAUGCGGCGCAAUUGGCGCCAGAGUGCCAUCAUAGUCCAGCAACAAGGCCAGCUUGUGAUUAUAGCCGAUGUAUCUAAGGCGAGAACAAAGAUUGGAGUAAGUGCAGCCAAGUGGCAGGGCAAGGAUUAAGUUGACUCACUUGAGUAAGUAGUCAUCGAAGUCAUCCACUGAGACCGGCUGCAUAAUGGUGGUGCCCACAUCGUCCAUCUCGAGAGCGCCCACCGCCUUCAGGAAGCAGCGCAUCCAAUGGCUAACAUCGCAUUCGGCCUCGCGGCGACGGAGACGCGCCAUGCGCAGCACACGCUCAUCCUCGGGCAUGGUCAGCGCACGAUGUAUGACCUCGGCGGCCUCGUUCACCUCGUACGGAUUGCAGAGCAGCGCCUCGUGCAUCAUUUCGCCGGCGCCGGCAAAUGGUGAAAUGACCAGCACGCCGGGCACCUCGUUUAUCUGGCAGGCGACAAACUCCUUGGCCACCAGAUUCAUGCCAUCGCGCAGCGGCGUCACCAGGCAAACGGCCGCAUCCCGAUACAGGGCGGCCAGCUCAUCCUGGCUCACAUAGUCGUAGAUAUAGCGUAUGGGCGCCCAGUUGGCGGUGGUAAAGCGUCCAUUGAUGCGUCCGACCAGCUGAUCGACCUCCUCCUUGAGCUCGCGAUACUCCUUGACAUCGGUACGCGACGGCACCGAGAUCUGCAGCAGGCUGACCUUCUCCUUGUGCUGCGGAUACUUGAGCAG